AUGGAUGAAAUGCAAAAAGAUGAAAUCAAUAGGGAAUUCAACCUCUUUUAUUCAGAUACAGAAAAGGAGGAAGAAUACCUCGCAAAACUAGGACUCAAACACAAGCGGGCAUAUCUCUUCCACGGGAUAUGUGGUACGGGGAAAAGUAGUUUGGCGAUAGCUUUGGCUACUUCUUACAAUCUGAAUGUAUGCAGCGUCGACUUGAAGAGAUAUGACCCGGAGGAUUUGAAGGUAGUUUUGCGUGGGGUUCCUAAGCGCUCUGUGGUCAUUUAUGAAGACAUCAGACCCAGCACUUUUCGAGAGUACGGUUCGCAGGAAGAAGGAUUCCCGCUAUCUACCUUCUUGAACUUGCUUGAUGGUGUCGCAUCUCCCGAAGGACAUAUCAGCAUCAUCACGACCAACUACCUGAAAGAGCUUGAUGAAUUCUCCCAUGAGCUGCUCCGGGAAGGCCGAAUCAAUAGGAAGAUCAAUUUCACUUGGAUUACUCAAGAUCAGGCAGCAACAAUGUUCAUUAUUGCUAUGUGGAUUCCCGAGGCCCAUUACAACAGGGAAGAUAUCUCCAAGCUUGCUAGUGAAUUUGGACAGCUCAUUCCAGAAGGAAAAAUAACCCAUUCUGCGGUACUGGAGUACCUUGUUUCUUAUAGAGGAGAUCCUCAAGGUGUAGUGAAUAAUGCCGGAAAAUGGAUACAAGAGAGAAAAUCAUGGAAAGAGGCGGAAAAGGAAGAAGAGAAAAGGCAGGCGAAAUUGAGAGGAAAGAAAGUCGAGGAUUCCGAUGGGGAUAGAGGGAAGCGUAGAAGAAAACCAAAGACAAGUGGUAAGGAUAGUGUUAUAAGAACGAGGAGUUUUGUGGCGUCCCAAGGCAAUGAGACAGCUCUAUAUGGCAUGCGUCACCAGGCAAAACCAAUUCAAGUAUAUCCUUCAAUCCUUGCAAAACCUCGCCCUUCGAAAAAUCCUAGGAGUAUUCAAAACCUCACCAAUAAAACCAAUGGAAAUAGAAGCCGCAUUGUGCCCUCCAUGAAAAAGGAGAAUCAAGAUGUAGUUGCAACCCCUCAAAGAAAGCAAUUAAAACCUACUCAACUCGAAAAGAUCAAAAAUUCAAUUCAGAAAGACUUCGAUCCUCUCACUUUAGAAGGAAUCCAUCACUUCUACUUUCCUCCUUGGAAGAAAGAAGUUCCAUAUAAAGUCAAUAUCAGCAAAUUAGGAAAAGAAGAAGCUGCGAUGAUCCACAAUCUGGCUUUCAAAUAUAGGUGCAAAAAUACCAUUGCAAUAUACACCGAUGCCUCAUCCACUUUAGAGGGAAUAAGGAUUGGGAUCGGGAUAGCGGUUAUCUUACCAAAUGGCCGAAUUUCACAUCAAGAGACUAUCAAUAUAGGUGUGAAUCAGCUUGUCUAUAAUGACGAGCUCCUAGGAGUUACUAAAGCGAUCGAAUACACAAAUUCAAUAGCCCAACCAGGAAACAAGUUCAAGAUAUACUCAGAUAAUCAAGCAGGAUUAUUCCGGUUGAAAACCCCCUCCGAUUUACCUGGUCAAUCAUGCCAAAUCAAAGCUAUAAAAGUUGCGGAAGCUAUUCAAAAUAAAGGAGCCGAGAUCUCUCUCAAUUGGGUCCCUGGACAUACAUCUGUACAAGGAAAUGAGCUAGCUGAUUCUCUUGCAAAAGAGGCGACCAAAAUACCAUCCUCAUCUCACGAAACCAGUUAUGCCUUUAUUGGAAUGGAUAUAAAAAGAAUGAAAUCAGAGAACUGGAUAGCCAUCCUUAACACUAACAACUUUCAUCAACCAUCGUCAACAUAUUCAAGAAACUACCCCUGGAAGAUCAGCUCAAAAAUCAGAGUUCCAGGAAACAUCAAAAGAAGCACAAUCUGUGCUCUGUUCCUACUCAAAAUUGGACACGGAUACUUCAAAUCUUAUUUGAAACGAUUCGGAAUCUCCUCUAAUGACAGUUGUAGAUGUGGGGGAAAGGAAUCUCCUGAUCAUCUUCUACUCAAUUGUCCUAUAUACAAAACGGUAAGGAAAACCCUCAAUAAGGAUAACCCCACAAUCCGACCUACCAUGAAAUAUCUGCUUCAUACCAAAGCAGGAAUCAUCAAAACCCUCGAAUUUAUCGAGGCGACGAGAAUAGCCACCAGAUCAUGGCAUCUCAAUAGAAUGCAUGAAGAAGAAGAGGAAGAAGGCGGAGAAGAAGGGGGUGGACCGGAAGAUUGUGAUUGA